GGGCACGUGUCUGAUCAGCUGACAGAGCGCAGACUGAGGAUGGAGAAGACCAGAAGAGAUUUGAGUGAGAUUCACUCCAGGCUGUUUGACCACAGACCUAUCAUCCAGGCUGAUAUACGUUUUUUUGUUAAGGAGUUUGAGGAGAAACGUGGGUUUCGAGAGAGAAGAGGUUUGGAGAACGUGAACAAUCUUGUGCUGGAGCUCAGUGAAAAGACCCUUCCGAAGAAUUGCGAGGCCAUGAGCAAGACCAUUCCCAGUGUUCUUGCCAGAUUGGAUGCUGCAAACCAUAUUCUGAACAGAAUCCAGCAGAGGGAGCAGGAGGCACAACAGGAUGACAAGCUUCAAGCCAACAGAGAGAGACGCAAAUGUGAAUGGGAGGCCUUUUUGAAAGAGCAGAACCGCAAAAGUGCAGAGGUGGAUGAAGAGCAUACCAAAGCUAAUAAGUGGCUGAAGGAACAAUACACUGCGAUGGAGAAAGACUUGGCAAAGUUCAGGACAUUUUAAAUGUUUGAGUCACGUUGCAGUUCUCUGUCUGCUGUGGUUCCUGACUAUUCAAAGGUGACAGUAAGGGUACACUUGUAGCAUUCAGCUGAAUGAACACGAAGCACCUUUAGAAGUUGCAGAAUGGGGGAAGAGAAGAGCAUUUAGAAGAAAAUGAUUGUUUUAUGAAUGGCAAGAUUACCUUUUUUUUACUCUAUUCGUAUUGGCAAUCUCAAUCAAAGAUAAGGUUAUGGAGAGCACAACUGAAUUCCUUCUCACCUAAACUCUCCAAAUGUAUUUUAAAAUUAUAGGCUUCAAAAAUAAGCUGAAUAUUGAUGUGCCUAGCUAGAAUUGACUAGGAAAGUGAAUAAAACAAUCAACAGUGUGUGGGUUUUUUAACACUGUGCCCAAAUGCCUCUUUUUAAAAUGUAUUAUUCCUCAUCGAAGCAUUCUGUUAAAUUAACCCAAAGCAUAAGCAUGUAAAUGGAAAAUCUUUGCCUCGACAAUGAGUGCCUAUGUGAAUUUAUGGCUGUGUGUCAAGCCACCUUCUUGGCAGUGUGUUGAAAUUGCGAUUGAAGUACCGGAGGAGAUGGAAUAAAUAUUUUAGAUUAGGUUUGAUAACAUUGAGCAGCAGCCAAGUUUUUCAUCUACCACCACCAUGUCUUGACAGCUUCAUCAAUCACUCCAAGGUACCUGGAGUAAACAUACCGCCAGUGCAGAGUCACUUUUGGCUUUUAUUAGAGGCUGCUAUUGUAUCAGCAGAGAUGAAAGGAAAAAGGUUGGUGUCAUUGGAGUUCCUUUUUUUGAGACAGAAGAGACCCUUUAUUCUCUCUCAUGAUGAGUACUUUAAAGGGCUUUGAAAACAAUUUGUCUUGCGUAGGUGUAACAACACCUUUGCUACAUCAAUGGAUAUCACACAUCCACUAUUGAAGUUCUUUGAGCUAUGUUGUGUAGGUAAAAAUCUUGCAGGAAUGGUCUUGCUGCUGGCUUCUGUUCUUGCACCAAGGAGUGACUGUUUCCUUGCUCAAUCUAGACAUUUACUAUCUGCAAUCUGCUGUGUUGUUGACUAUAAACUCAAAUUUGCAACCGACUAACUUUUCUUGAAGGUAUGUGUUAAAUUCACUCCCUGCCGGCCAGACAUGAAAGUAACUCUUGACCAGUAGAAAUAAGCAAUGUCCAA